UCGCAAAAGGAGAUGGGAAAAUGGGCGAAAAAGAUGCGGCCGCGCCUAGCCUUAGCCUUAGCCUUAGGUUAUGUAUCGAUGGAUUGGGUUGGUCCAGUUGCAAAUUCACGUUCUGUUGUCUUGUCGUGGUUUUGGUUUUAGUUUUAGUUCUACCUUUCGUUUUUCUGGCUCACUGUCUCUACUGCGUCUAACUCUCUGCCAGAUCUCAUUUUCAUUCAUUCUUCCCUCCCGGUUACAGUCGCACUCAGUUUGAUUCGAGCUAGAGCUUUAUUUUGCUUUGAGAUAUUGACUUCCCUACUCAAUUGAGCAGAGGCCUUUAUUUCUCAAUAUUUUAUGUGGUGACUCUACUUGAGUUGAGGCCAUGCCUGCUACAAAGAAGACUCCUGAGCACAAUCGUGUCGGGAAUGUUUUUAACAACUUGCUGAAGCAGAUUGGGAAUCCUGUUGAUUUCGAACUUCCAGAUUGGUUUAAUAAAUGGAAGCCAAUGCCAUACACCUUUAUAAGGCGAAAUAUAUAUCUCACAAAGAGAAUUAAAAGACGCCUUGAGGACGAUGGAAUAUUCUGUUCCUGUAGCCCAUCACCUGGAUCUUCUGGCGUGUGUGGUAGAGAUUGCCAUUGUGGGAUGCUUCUGUCUAGCUGUUCUUCUGGCUGUAAAUGUGGGAGUUCAUGCCUCAACAAACCAUUUCAGCACCGACCUGUGAAGAAGAUGAAACUGGUGAAGACUGAAAAAUGUGGCUCUGGAAUUGUGGCGGAUGAAGAUAUCAAGCACGGAGAAUUUGUAAUAGAGUAUGUGGGAGAAGUUAUUGAUGACAAGACAUGUGAGGAAAGGCUUUGGAAUAUGAAACACCGUGGAGAGACAAACUUUUACUUGUGUGAAAUUAAUCGAGAUAUGGUAAUUGAUGCCACAUACAAGGGAAACAAGUCAAGAUAUAUAAACCAUAGCUGUUGUCCCAAUACCGAGAUGCAGAAAUGGAUAAUUGAUGGGGAAACAAGAAUUGGCAUAUUUGCAACUCGUGACAUAAAAAAGGGCGAGCAUCUGACCUAUGAUUAUCAGUUUGUUCAAUUUGGUGCAGAUCAAGAUUGCCAUUGUGGUGCUGCUGGCUGCAGGCGGAAGCUGGGGGUUAGACCUACCAAGCCUAAGAUGUCUUCGGAUGCUGCAUUAAAGCUAGUGGCAUACCAGGUGGCUGUGUCAUCUCCUAAACUGAAAGCAAUUCUGUCUGGAGAAGAUGUUUAUCAGAAUGGAGGUUUACAUGUAGGGAGUUCGCAUGUUAGUGAGCAACAAAGAACAUGCUCCCGUAAUUGUAUUGGUGAAGUUAUCAUGAUAACUCGCCCCAUGAACAAAAGGUCCUUUGGUAUUAUUAAACGUUUUGAUAAAUUUUCCAGAAAACACUCAAUCAUGUUUGAAGAUGGUGCUAUUGAAUUUCUUGACAUGACCAAAGAAGAUUGGGAACUUGUAACAUUGUGAUUUAAUUAUGAGGUAUCACUACUUCAUUGACCCGUUGCCUCCUCCAUUUCUCAUGAAACAAAGAUCCUUCUGUCCUGCACCUGACUCACAAGAAUGUUAUACCAAAUGUAGGAACCCUAGCUGUGCUCUCACAUAAAUAAGGAUUUGUCAUUCCCUUCACAGGGUUCACAAGAAUGCUGUACCAAAUGUAAUUUGUUCUUAAUUCUUCUAAUAAGGAGUUCAUAAGCUGAUUCCAUUGAAUAUAUAUGAUGCUUUUAUUUUUUGGUGAAGGGGGGAAUACUUGGCUGGUAAAGGCACCCCUCUGGAUUAAGUGUAAUGCUUGUGACACUACAAAUUCCUAUGAAGGUGGAGAACAUACACGCCUUGGGGAAUGCAUAGUUAUAUCCAAGAAAAUGAGAUCUUGUGCUGGGCACUUGAUUUCAAAGUCGACUUGGUUUGUAUUCUGUGUCUGAUAAAUGUCAUUUGGAUUAUAUGUUCUUAGAAUUAGAUUGAGUACAAGUAGUCUCCAUUUUUAGUUUUCAACCAAUGUCUUGAUGUUUCAUUUGAAUUUUGGCAUGAGGAGCUUGUUCUUUAACAAUUUGAGAGGCUUGAUGCCCAAUCAGGUAGUUGAAAUUACCAACCAUAUUUUCCUGUUUCAUCGACAUCCAACAUUUAUGAAAUACAAUAAUUUUAUGGGGCUGCCCCAUAUAUAAUAAAAGCAUUGAAUAAACAGAUGGUUUGUAACUCA